UAUACUCAUAAAAGAAAUUUUAAGUUUCCUUAUAACAAUAUUUCAUCAUGUCGUAUGGUAACAAUAAAUUAAUCAAUGAUGCACUUAAUAGAUCAUAUGCAUUAAUAGACCACAAUAUUCGAAAUGAUGCACAAAAAGUCUAUGAAUUCAGAAAACAAGCACUUCUUAAUGAUGAAUCACUUACUGAUAAUGAAAAAUCUGAAGCGAUAGGAAUUAUUACUAAAACUUACGAUCUUAAUAAACUUACUUUUAAUAAAGGAACAAAAAGAAUUUGUGAAAAUUGUAAUCAAGAAUGUUUAGCUACAACAUAUUGUGAACAUUGUAUUCGAAAUCAUUUAAAAUCUAAAUUUUCAAAUUGGUCAUCUGGAAAUGAUAAUGUUGAUAAAUUAAUACAAGAUUGUCAAAUGAAAACAUUGAUACCAAAUGCAAUACCAGAAUGGAUUCCAUAUAAUAAUUUAAAAAAUAUCAAAUAUUUAACAAAAGGUGGAUGUUCCAAAAUUUAUACAGCAAAUUGGAUUGAUGGAUCAUAUGAAGAAUGGAAUUCUAAUGAUCAACAAUUAAAAAGAUUUGGAACUCAUAAUGUAGUACUUAAAAAAUUAAAAAAUGUUGGAAAUGCGAAUCAAAAUUGGCUUGAAGAGGCUAAAUCAUAUUUAAAUAUAAGUAAUAAAUGGACUAAUAUUGUUCAAUGUUUUGGAUUAACACGAAAUCCAUCAAAUGGAAAUUAUAUGCUUGUAAUGAAUAUGAUGGAUAUAGAUUUAAGAAGAUAUUUACAACAAAAUCAUAAUCAACUUACGUGGAAAGAAAGAAUUGAAAUUAUUACUGAUAUAAUUAAAGCACUUGAAAGAAUUCAUUAUGAAAAUGUAAUUCACAGAAAUUUGCAUUCUGGAAAUGUAUUAUUUACAACUGGUGAAAAAUUUUAUAUUAGCGAUCUUGGAUUUUGUGGACCUGCAGAUAAACCAUUAAAAAGUAUAUACGGCAAUCUUCCUUAUAUAGCACCCGAGGUUAUUGUUGGAAAAGAACAAACUUUUAAAUCUGAUAUUUAUUUCAUUGCAAUGCUCAUGUGGGAAAUUUCAUCUGGACAACCACCAUUUGUUGGAUACAAACAUGAUUAUCAUAUUGCUAUGAAUAUUGUUAAUGGUAUAAGACCAAAAAUUGUACCAGGAACUCCUUUAGAAUAUAAAAAUUUGAUGAAACAAUGUUGGGAUGCUGACCCAUCAAAAAGACCAGACAUUAAAACACUUAUAAAUAGUAUAGAUAAACUUAACCUAUCUUAUCAAACUAAAUCAAAUGAAUCAUCUCGGUUAGAAGAAAAUAAUAAUCUUGAGAUAGAAACCUAUUCCGGCAAUAGUAAACUAUUUACAAGUAAACUUCAUCGAUUUGAUAAUCUUCCUGAGCCAAGGAACGCGACAGAAGAUGAACAAGAAGCGUUUCACAAUGAUUUUCAUAUUCCUAAUAAUAGUAGUAAGAAAAAUAAUAUUUCAAAAAUAUUUAAAGUUAGCGGCAAAAAAAUAUCCAAAAUAUUUAAAAGAAGCUCAAAAAAUGAUAUUCAAAAUAAUUAUAAGAUUGAACCAAUGCAACAGCAAACAAUGAAUCUUCAUAUUAAAGAUAAUGACGAAGGUGAGAUGUAUAACAAUCCAAAUCUUCGUUCAUUCAGAAGAAUAAGAUGAAUUAGAAUUUCCUGACGAUAUUCAGGCGCACAUUAUGUAAAUAUUAUUAUAUCCGAUUUUUUUUUUCUUGCAUAAAAAAUUACUCUUGAUGAGUUAAUUUUUUCAAGGUUU